AUGCCAAAGAUGAAUCUAUUCAAUGGUCUCCACCUAAAGGGCGUCCUCUGGAAGCAUCCGGGAAAACAAGAUUCAUCCGUCGUCUUCCGCCUCUCGAACGGCGGGGAGGUCUCCUCCGACGGGAACUGCCUCUUCACCGCGUCGCAGAAGGCGAUGGAGGCGCGUGGGGUCGACGCGCGGGAGUUGAGAUCGAGGACGGUGAGGAGGUUUCUCGAGGAUUACGGAUCUUUGGGAGAGGAGGAGAAGGAGGGUGUUAAGGAGGCGGUUAGGCAUAUGUACUCGCCGGAUCUGAAGAGAGGGUGGGGGAUUCAUAUCGUUCAGGAGGAGAAGUUGUUGGCUAAGAAGGUGGAGCGUGAGAGUCUUGAUAACGCUAUUGAUGAGCUUAUGCAAAUUGGGAUGCAAAGAGAAAUAGCUGCGGAGUCGAUUUAUAGAGAGAGGUGUGUUCCGGUGAACGAUGGGUUUAGUUGGGCGAAGUACAUGUCGAUUUCAGGGUCGUUAGAAGAUGAGUAUGAUAUUAUUAGCUUGCAGUAUACGGAAGAUGGUUUGUUAUCUGUUGAUGAGAAUAGACAAGGGCAUGCGGCUGCUUUUGGGGAUGAUAUUGCGAUUGAGUGUCUUGCUACUGAGUUUAAACGAGAGAUCUAUGUGGUGCAAGCGCAUGGGUCUGAUGGGAUGGUGGAGGAAGAGAAUUGUGUGUUCUUUCUUCCACAUAAGCCGAGAAGUGAGGUUGUUGAAUCUCCAGUGUUUCUAUUCAUGAAAGGCACAGGGUGGUGUGGUGGUGGAGCAGAUCAUUAUGAGCCAUUGAUAGUGAGUCCGUCUCAGAUGAUAUCUCAAGAGAAAGUCGCCUUCGUUCUGUGA